UUCAGAUGGAGACAGUCUUCUCACUGACACACAUUUAAAGUGAAACGGCCCUUUAAUGCACGCACCGUCUCCCCACCCCUUGCAGCCUCUUGAGCCUUUUUUUCCACUGCACAUCGUGCAAGAAAGAGGGAGGCAGACCGAAGGAAGGACGCAGAGUGAGAGGAGCAUGACCACGGAGUAGGGAGGUGACAGACUGCUGGAUGAUCACAGUCUGGUUUUUUUUUGUUUUUUUUGUCAUCUGUCAUGCAAACCGUUGGUGACUCUCCCAGUAAAGAGAGUGUGACUGAGCCGGGUUGACAGAGCCUCUCCUACAACGUUCGUCUCUCUCACCCUGCAGGAUCUUCCCACUCAGAUUAUGACCGCUGUUGUGACUUAAGCCCCCCCGGGCCUCUCCUUUUGCCAUUUCCAACUGUGUGAGGAAAAGCGAAAAGAAGUUUUAAUGUAUCAGUAUUCGCUCGCCGACGCUAUGACGGACAACUUGAGGAUUUUAUAAUUCUCCCUGGAGGAAGAGCGUCGCAUCUUGUAAAGGAGCCACAGAGGAAACUUCACAGUUCCCAAGUUAUCAGAGUCUAACAUGGGAUUUGGCGUGCUGGGAGUGUUUCUGGGUCUGCUCCUGGAGGUCUCCACCCACGGACCCCACGCUGUGCCUCGGACAUCCUGGAGACACCAAGAUUUAGAUCUGAUGGAGUUCUCGGAGCCCGGGAUCUCCAACUACUCCACGUUGUUGCUGAGCGAGAAAAGGGACGCGCUGUACGUGGGAGCCCGGGAGGCCAUCUUUGAGCUCAGCAAGAAGAAUGUGACAGUCAGAAACAACAAGGUUCAGUGGACAGUUGCAGAAAACCCCAUGCUGAUGUGCACGCUUAAAGGAAAAUCAAAAGAGAGGGAUUGUCUGAACUACAUUCGAGUGCUCCAAUUCGUGGACGACAAGCGGCUUUACGUCUGUGGCACACACGCCUUUCAACCUCAGUGCGAUUACUUGAACCUUGCUGACUUUUCAUUGGACGGUCGAGCUGAAGAUGGGAGGGGACAGUGCUCCUUUGACCCCUCACAAAGCUUUACCACUGUCAUGGUCGAUGGAGAGCUGUACUCGGGGACAGCAUUUAACUUCCUUGGCAGUGAACCGAUUAUUUCCAGAUACUCUCCAUACCAGUCCCUGCUGAGGACAGAGUACUCCACGUCCUGGCUCAAUGAGCCCAGUUUUGUUUUUGCGGACGUGAUCAGAGAAGAGAGAAACCAAGCAUAUGGCGAGGACGACAAAAUCUACUACUUCUUCACUGAGGUGUCGGUGGAAUACGAGUUCUUUGGCAAGCUGCUCAUCCCCAGGGUGGCGCGCGUCUGUAAGGGUGACCUCGGCGGGCAGCGCACUCUGCAGAAGAAGUGGACGUCCUUUCUCAAAGCCAAACUGGUGUGCUCCAUGCCUGAGCUCAACUUUGUCUUUAAUGUCGUGCACGAUGUCUUCAUCUUGAAGGGGUCCGACUGGAGGGACACGGUCAUCUACGGCGUCUUUACCUCCCAGUGGGGCAACGUGGGCUUGUCAGCUGUAUGCGCCUAUGACAUGACUGCUGUGGAGGAUGUCUUCUCCAAGGGCAAGUACAUGCAGAAGGCCACAGUGGAGCAGUCUCACACCAAGUGGGUGCGGUACAAUGGCAUCACUCCUUCUCCACGUCCUGGAGCAUGUGUUAACAACCAGAUGCGACAACAGAACAUCAGCAGCUCUCUCCACCUGCCAGACAAGACCCUUCAGUUUGUAAAGGACCACCCCCUGCUGGAGGAUCCCGUCCUGCCCAUCGGCAACGGGCCGCGCCUCAUCACCAAAGACAUCAACUACACCCAGAUCGUUGUGGAGAGGGUCCGGGCGCUUGAUGGGAUCAUCUAUGACGUAAUCUUCACUGGAACAGAUAAGGGUGUCCUGCACAAGUCAGUGGUGUUCGAAGGCGACGUUCAUAUUGUGGAGGAGAUCCAGCUGCUGAAGAACUCUGAGCCCAUCAAGAACUUACUGCUGUCCUCGGAGACACGAUCCCUGUACGCCGGUUCAGACUCUGGCGUUGUCCAGUCACCCACCGCCUUCUGUGGCAGGUACCCGUCCUGCGGCGACUGUGUCUUGGCACGAGACCCGUACUGCGCCUGGGACCGCCGCACAGCUGCCUGCGUCAAUAUCUUGGAUACUCCCACUCAACAGCAUGGGAAACUAAUCCAGAGCCUGGAUGGAGACGCUGACAAGUGUCCUUCAGUGCCUGGUCUCUCUUUGAAGGACUACCAGCAGGCGACAGUAAAACCGGGGAGCUCUGUUGAUCUGCCAUGCCUGGUGCAGUCCAACCGAGCCCAGGUGAUGUGGAAGUCCAACAGCUCGGUCCUCACAGAGGCCUCGCGCUUCCACCUCAUAGGCGAAAACGGUCUCCUUAUUUACAGCGUGGCCCCAGAGGAUCAAGGUCACUACGAGUGCUGGUCCGUGGAAUGGGCCCCCGCUGCCGGGAAGAACUUCAGCCGCCUCCUGGCUGGAUACAUCCUCACUCUGGAUCUCCCGCCCAGAGCCCCGCACCAGGCGGGCCACAUGACCACCACCCUCGGCAGCCAGGAGUCAUCGAGCACACAUGCUGCUGAAGGUAAUGUUAAGACAGAAGGAGCCCCACUAACUUCAGCCCUUGCCCCUCCCAGCUCCACAGCCUCGGUCCUCUUUACCUCCCCACCCCAAACUGACUCAUCACUAACCCAGCCCCCCAGCAGCACAGUCAAGAUCCAGCCAAAGCUUCUCCCCCCAAGCGCCAGUGUUCACCGCCCAGACAACCAGGACCCAGCAGCUGAAUAUUUGCAGCACAACAACAGCAUCGCCCUCCUCUUCCUCUUCUUGCUGUUCUUCCUCCUCUUCCUGGCUGCAUUGGCCUACAACUGCUACAUGCAGUACCUUCCAGCUCCCUGCCUGCGCAUGCGAGCUGCGCUGCUGGGCAGUCACAAGAGCGCCAGUCAGCCUGAGUAUUGUGCCUGUGAAGCAGGCCUAAUGGAAGCAUCUGCGACUGACAAAAUCAACAUGACGGAGCAGCCGACGCAGAACGGCAGCAAGGCCACGCAGCACCUCCGGGCGCUCCGUGACACAGGGUACGAGACUGAGCCGGAGUGCGGCAACGGUCGGGUCCCCUCCCACAGCUUUGGAGACGACAGCCCGUCCCAGGAGAAACCUUUCGAUGUGGACUGUGAAUCUCAGCCCAUCCAGUUUGCAGAUGCCGAUGAACCUUACUGCUAGCCAGAAGCCUCUGUGCUGCUGUUGUUUCUCACAGGGGGUCAUGCUGCACCUUCCCACUGCUCACGAGUCUUAGGCGGUGUCCUUUUUAUAUGGAAGUGUGUUCAGUGUGAAGCAUUGAGUGAAGUUCUAUCAUUACGAGGUUUACGCCGGGCGUCCCACUUGCCUGUGGAGAGUAACCUCCUGCUGUCUGAUUUAGGGCUUUUGAUGAUGAAGUAAAGCUGCAUUCAUUGAAGCUGCUCUCGCUCACCUUAGUCCAGCAAGUAAAGCUAUUUCUUAAAUUCCAAAUUGGAAACAUUAUUUACCAAAUUGGUAAGUCACUGUGAUGUUUUCUAAAUUGGAAUCGUGUUUUUGUACAGCCUGGGUGAAAAGUGAUCUCUAAAAGCUUUUGCAACUUUUUUUUUUAUUUUUUAAGCAAUGUGUAGGCUAUUUGGACUUGGGUAAAUACUUCACCAUUAUAGUGUUUUCUCAGGGAUGAAUUGCUCGGUACGUCGUAGUCUCGCUUCGUUGUCCAGUGCUGCCGUCUGCAGCAGCUGGCGUGUUUGCCUUCAUCUCACCCGGUGAGGUGGUGAUGUCGGGUGUGAACAUCAGAAUAAGCGAAUCCAACCACUGUCUUGUGUAGACUCAUCCUGUGUGACAAUGUUGAGUCUCUCUGUAUUUAAUUGUUCUCCCUGUGAAGAAGACAUUCCCACGUGGAUACAACUCUGACGGUCCUGUGUAUUAACCUCUAUUACUCAUCUUUCCCUAUGUGGUUUGUUAAUAACGUAAAUAUGUACAGGACGACCCGAUGCUUGCUAACAUCUAUCGUCAGUUGUUCUCUCUUUUUUAAAGGCCCUGGAAACGAUCUGAAUUUUUUUUUUUUCAUUCUUAUUUUUAAUUAAACAUUCCCUUCAGUUUUAGAAUCUUUUCAGAGAAUUAUUAUUUAAGAAGUCACAUCUGUGGUUAUAUCAUUUUGUCCAUCGUGCAAGUUUUUUUUUUUUAAGGAAUUCCUUUUUGUUUUUAUUUUAUUUAUUGCAGCAGAUUUGAUUUUUAGAUCUUAGCCGUCACUCAUUAGUCUCCCUUGAUCUUUUUUGCAUGUUCUCCCUGGUUUAGAUUUCCUACUUUCCUCAACACUCUUUCUCCACCACUCCCUCCCUCACAGCCUCCUCUCCUGUCGACACUUCAUCCUCCCUCUCCACAUCUGGAAGUAGCCCUCCCUCUGUCCUCCCUUCCUCCUCCUCUUCCUCUUCCUCCUCUACCUCCGCCUCCUCUGCCAUGCCCCACAGUGUGGAGGCUCGGGAGGCA